GAAAAGUAAGGGGACUUCCUUUUCGAAGAGGAGGUUCCCGCGUGCUGCACCCGACCUUUCCCUCAGGGCCCAACACGCGUUAUAUAAAUGCCAAGUUACUCAGGGGCGCACACGUGAGAAGGCUGGGGCCCGACACACGCGGUGUACUGCCGAAGUCACCGGUGUGGCGCGCCUGGGGGACACGCCGAAGCCCAUUUCCCUCCCGCAUCUGGAAAGCAGUCCCCGCUCUUUCCAGCUGCUCCGCGGGGCGUAUGGCUGUGCGCUACCUCCUGCGGACCCCAGGCUGGGCGAGGGGGCAGCGAUGGCCACAUGGCGCGCUCGGGGAGAUGGCAGCUGCGCUUUGUUUCCAGCAGUGAUAGAAUGAAGACAAACACAGAGAUGGUGUGUCUAAGAAACUUCAAAAGGUGUAGACCUCCUGACUGAAGCAUA